AUGCAAGACGAAGCAGGUAUCGACAUCGUUUUUGUCGGCGAUAGCGUUGGACCAAUGUUCUCGGCUAUAAAAACGAGACGGAGUGACGAUGGCAGAUAUGUGCAUCACCUCAAAGCAGUACGCCGUGGUGUGACAGACGCCUACCUCCUCGUUGAUAUGCCCUACGCCGCAGAUCGCGAUGUGACGCAAGCCAUCACCAAUGCGAAACUCUUUGUAUCCGAUGGAGCAGACGGUGUUAUAAUUGGAAGGUGGUGUAGAAAAGUGCUGAGUCCUCACUUUGUCUCUGCACUCACCGAACACGGUAUAGACACUUGCGCGCACAUCGGUCACAAUCCACAAAUCCACGGGACCAAGGCAUCAACCCACGGAAGAACCUUUGCCAAAGCGAAACAACUCAUUGAAGCGGCAGAGGCACUCUCGCAGACGCUGGCGCGAAACUCAUCGUCCUCGAGAAAAUCACUGAAGAGGUAA